AUGUCUGCGAGCAACGAUGUCUACCAGACCCCUCUUAACUCGCGCUAUUCGAGCCCGGAGAUGAAGUACCUCUUCUCUCCUCGAAAGCGUUUCUCGACUUGGAGAAGCUUGUGGAUCUGGCUGGCGGAGUCCCAAAAAGAGUUGGGGCUUCCGAUUACCGACGAGGCACUCGAGCAGAUGAAGGCCCAUGCCACGAUUCAAGAUGACGAGUUCCAGGUUGCCGCCGAGGAGGAGAAGCGCCGGAGACACGAUGUGAUGGCCCACGUCCACGCCUUUGGGCAGGUCGCCCCGUCGGCAGCUGGCAUCAUCCACUGGGGAGCUACCUCGUGCUACUGUACCGACAACGCCGACCUGAUUCUCCUGCGGGAGGGUCUUGACAUCCUUAUUCCAAAACUGGCAGUGGUCAUUGGCAAGCUCUCCACGUUUGCCCAGCAGUACAAGGAUCUACCGUGUCUGGGCUUCACACACGGGCAGCCGGCCCAGCUGGUGACUGUGGGUAAGAGAGCCUGUCUCUGGAUUCAGGACCUCCUGAUGGAUCUGCGAAACCUCGAGCGUGCGCGCGACGACCUGCGUUUCCGUGGUGUCAAGGGCACCACCGGAACUCAGGCCUCCUUCCUCCAGAUCUUCAGCGGCGACCACGACAAGGUGGAAAAGUUGGAUGAACUGGUGACUGAGAAGGCCGGGUUUGGGUCGGCCUUUAUCAUCUCCAGUCAGACCUACUCGCGCAAGAUUGAUGUGGAUGUCGGAAAUGCACUGGGCUCGUUCGGUUCCACCUGCGAGCGCAUCGGUAUUGAUAUCCGUCACCUGGCUAUGCUCAAAGAGGUCGAGGAGCCGUUUGAAAAAGACCAGAUUGGCAGCAGCGCAAUGGCUUACAAGCGCAACCCCAUGCGCUCGGAGCGUCUGUGCUCGCUUGGACGCCACCUGCAGAACCUCCCCAAGGAUGCCUUGGAUACCUAUGCGGCCCAAUGGUUUGAACGAUCUCUGGAUGACAGUGCUAUCCGUCGUAUCAGCAUUCCGGAGCUCUACCUGUCUGCCGAUGCUUGUCUCAUUCUUCUGAACAACGUCACCUCCGGCUUUGUCGUCUACCCGGAAGUCAUCAAGCGCCGAGUCUACGACGAGCUUCCUUUCAUGGCAACUGAAAACAUUAUUAUGGCCUGUGUCCGAAAGGGUCUCUCGCGGCAAGAUGCCCACGAGGAAAUCCGUGUCCUCUCCCACCAAGCCGCGGAUAAUGUCAAGAAGCACGGCAAAGACAAUGACCUGCUCGAGCGUAUCCGCCACACUUCCUUCUUCGACCCGAUCAUCCCCGAACUGGAAAGUCUCCUCGAUGCCAGCACCUUUGUCGGCCGCGCUCCGCAGCAGGUGGAGAAAUUCACGACGACGGAGGUGGCUGCGGCCCUCAAGCCGUAUGCGGAGCAUCUUUCCAAGGCGGAGACCUCUUCUCUGCAUGUUUAA